GGGAAGGUGAAACAAAAGCUGCUGCGAGGUCCCCGAGUGAAGGCAGAGGGAUUCCUGGGGCGGAUCCAGCCGGGACCAGCGUCCCAGCGAGAUGGAGAAGGAGGAGGAGACCCGGGAGAUCCUGCUCCCCAACUGGCAAGGCAGCGGCUCCCACGGCAUCACCAUCGACCAGACGGAUGACGGGGUCUUCGUCAAGCGAGUGCAGCAGAACUCCCCGGCUGCCAAGAUGGGCGUCGUGAAGGAAGGGGAUCAGAUCGUGAGCGCCACGGUCUAUUUUGACAACCUGCAAUCCGGGGAAGUCGCGCAGCUGCUCAACAGCAUGGGCCACCACACGGUGGGCUUGCGCUUGCAACGGAAAGGGGACAAGUCUCCGCUGCCGGGACAGUCAUGGUCACACGACGUGUUUGCGGCCAGCAGCCCAGAAGUCGUUCUGAGUGGAGAUGACGAGGAGUACAGGAGGAUUUACACAACGAAAAUCAAACCCCGGCUGAAGUCGGAGGAGGCGGUGGAAGCGGAGUGCGGCGGGACGCAGAGCAGGACCAUUACGGUCACCAGAAAGGUGACGGCGUACACCGUCGAUGUCAGUAGGCACGACGGGGCGAAAGACGUCGACGUCAUCGGCCCAGACUUCAAAAUCUGGAUCCCGACCCGGGAGGUCACCCACGUGGUGAAGACCGACGUUGAAGCAGAACCUGGGAAAACUAUGAUCCAAAUGGCAGCGGGGGAUCUGUCUGGGAGAAGCACCCAAGCCACAGACUGGAGCACGGACAUCGGGGGGGCACCUCCCGGACCAACAGCUGAAUCUUCUCCCCAGAAGCUGGACGUCCACCUCGGCGAGGCUCAGUUCGGAAAGCCCGGGAUAACCGUGUCGGGAACGCAAACGACGGGCGUUCACCUGAGGACUCAGCUGGACCCUCGGCUGCCGGAGAGCCAAGUUCCUGGUGGGGAAACUGGAAAACCUGUUACGGUGGAGGUGCCGGGACGUAACGUUUCGGGCACGGCGUUCCUGGGCCCCCAGGGCAGCUCGCCCCGAAUUGAAGCAAAUGGACAGAUGGGGAACCUGGACGCGGGUUUUCACGUCGAGGGUCUCAGGCUGGAUGGCAAAGGACGCCUUUCUGGCACGGAUGUCCAAGGGGAGCUGCUGGGGGGGACGCUGUCGCACGCCGAUGCUUCUGCCCCUUGUCUUCAGGGAGAUAUCAAAGCCCCCGGGGCUGACGUUUCUUUGCCGGCGAUGGAAAAUCCAGCUGUCGAUGUGGGAAAAAUCAAGAUUCCCGUCUUGAACAUGCCCAGAUUUGGGUUCCCGACCGCGGGAUCUGGCAUCGAAGCUCAAGCCCCGCAGGCGGGCACCGCCGUUCCCGCGCCGAAGCUGCAGGCUCCGUGCGUGGACGUUGCCUCCUCACCUGUCCAGGUGGCCGGACCCGAAGUUUCGGCUCCUUCAGUUAAAGUCCCAAAGCCGCAGGUGGACAUGGGGUCGAAGGGUGCUGCGAAGGUCCCCUCCCCGCAACCGAAGGUCCCCGGCGUGGGUAUCAAAGGACCCAGCGUGGAGCUCCCGGCUUCUGAUGCAGACGGUCACGGCGGCAAGGGAAAAAUCAAAAUGCCACACAUGACCUUCCCAAAAUUCACUGCCUUGGACUCGCGAGGGGAAGGUCCCGUUGUGGAAAUGGUGCUCCCGAAGGGCGAGGUGGGACCAGCAGCGUCCGAGGUAGACGUUGGCGUUCCCGAUGCGGCCAUCAAAGGAGAAUGGAAAGGCCCCAAGUUCAAGAAGGUUGAAACGCCCCAAAUCUCGCUGUCGGAUGUAAACCUGAACCUGAGAGGCCCUCAGGUGAAGGGAGAUAUGGGUGCGGCGGUUCCCAGAGUGGAAGGGGAUGUCAAAGGACUUGGCUCCAAGGGUCUCAAGAUGGACGUAAAGGCUCCUGAUGUUGAAUUUGAAAGUCCAGAGGGUUAUGUGAAAGGGCCCAGUGUAUCUGCGCCAGAUAUGGACGUUAACGUGAAGGGACCUAAGCUUAAGGGAGGCGUGGAUGUUUCUGUCCCAAAGGUGGGUGGCAACUUGAAAGGACCUCAGCUUGACGUUAAAGGCCCCAAACUGGGAAUGGACAUGCCUGACGUAGAUGUCAAAGGCCCCAAAGUUACGAUGCCAGAGGUACACGUCAAGACCCCCAAAAUAUCCAUGCCUGACAUCGACUUGAAUCUGAAAGGUCCCGGAGUGAAAGGAGACCUGAAUGUUUCUGCCCCAAAACUGGAAGGGGAGCUGAAAGCACCUGGGCUUGACAUCAAAGGCCCCAAGGUUGACAUUGAAGCACCAGAGGUGGACGUCCACGGUCCGGAGGGCAGGCUGAAGAUGCCUAAGCUGAAAAUGCCCAAGUUUGGGGUGCCCGGCCUGAAGGGAGAGGGCCCCGACGUUGACGUGACGCUUCCAAAGGGUAAAGUGGACAUUUCUGGUCCCGGCGUGGAUAUCGAUGUGCCGAGCGUGGACAUCAAAGGGCCAGAAGGAAAACUGAAGGGUCCCGAGGUGAAGAUGCCCGAGAUGCACAUCACAGCUCCAAAGGUCUGUGUGCCAGAUGUUGAUCUGAACCUGAAAGGCCCCAAAGUGAAGGGCGGCGUGGAUGUUUCCGUUCCCACGGUAGGAGCUGAUUUGAAGGGUCCUGGGCUUGACAUCAAAGGCCCCAAGGUUGACAUUGAAGCACCAGAGGUGGACGUCCACGGUCCGGAGGGCAGGCUGAAGAUGCCUAAGCUGAAAAUGCCCAAGUUUGGGGUGCCCGGCCUGAAGGGAGAGGGCCCCGACGUUGACGUGACGCUUCCAAAGGGCGAGGUGGACAUUUCUGCUCCCAGGGUCGAUAUCGAUGUGCCGAGCGUGGACAUCGAAGGGCCGGAAGGAAAAGGAAAAGGUCUCAAAUUUAAAAUGCCUGAACUAAACAUCCAGGCGCCAAAACUGUCCAUGCCGGAUGUAGACCUCAAUUUGAAGGGCCCCAAACUGAAAGGAGAUGCAGAUAUUUCUGGUCUGAAGACCUCCGGAGAUCUGAAGGGCCCCAAAAUAGAUGUGGAAGGUCCCCAAGUGGAUGUCGAUAUGCCUGAGGUAGACUUGGAGUGUCCUGAAGGGAAAAUAAAAGGCCCCAAAUUUAAGAUGCCUAAGCUUAAUAUCAAGGCGCCUAAAAUAUCCGUGCCGGAUGUAGAUUUGAACUUAAAGGGCCAUAAAAUGAAAGGAGAGAUGGAUGUUUCCCUUCCGAAGAUAGAAGGUGACUUGAAAGAAUCUGGCGUUAAUAUCAAGGGACCGAAAAUAGAUGUUGAGGUCCCAGAUGUCAACCUGGAGUGUCCAGAAGCCAAACUGAAAACGCCAAAAAUGAAAUUGCCUCAUUUUAACGUGUCCGGCCCAAAGUUUGAGGGAGCCGAUAUCGAUGUCAACCUGCCAAAAGGAGAGAUAGAUAUUUCUGGGCCAGAGGCAGAUGUUGACGUGCCAGAGCUGGAGGUCGGAGGACCAGAAGGAAAAUGGAAAGGCCCCAAGUUCAGGAUGCCGAAGCUGAAUAUCAAAACACCUAAAAUAUCCAUGCCAGACGUAGAUUUGAACCUAAAGGGACCUAAAGUGAAAGGAGAAAUGGAUAUUGCGGCUCCUAAGAUAGAAGGUGACUUGAAAGGGCCAGAAAUAGACAUUAAGGGGCCAAAACUAGAUGUUGAGGCACCCAAUAUUGAUUUGGAGUGCCCUGAAGGGAAGCUGAAAGGCCCCAAGUUCAAGAUGCCAGACAUGCACAUCAAGGCGCCCAAGAUCUCCGUGCCCGAUGUGGACAUUAAUCUGAAAGGGCCCAGCAUGAAAGGGGAUAUUGAAGUCUCAGCUCCCAAGCUCGAGGGUGACCUGAAGGGUCCCGAGGUGGACAUCAUGGGCCCCAAAGUCGACAUCGAGGCCCCCGACGUGGACAUUCACGGCCCAGAAGGAAAAUUCAAAAGGCCCAAGUUCAAAAUGCCCAAGUUCGGGAUGCCGGGGCUGAAAGGAGAAGGUCCGGAGGUGGACGUGAACCUGCCGACAGGAGACCUGGAUGUUUCUGUUCCGAAGGUGGAUAUUGAAGGUCCGGAGCUGGACAUUGAAGGGCCAGAGGGGAAGCUGAAGGGCCCCAAGUUCAAGAUGCCAGACAUGCACAUCAAGGCGCCCAAGAUCUCCGUGCCCGAUGUGGACAUUCAUCUGAAAGGGCCCAGCAUGAAAGGGGAUAUUGAAGUCUCAGCUCCCAAGCGCGAGGGUGACCUGAAGGGUCCCGAGGUGGACAUCAAGGGCCCCAACGUCAACAUUGAGGGCCCCGACGUGGACAUUCAUGGCCCAGAAGGAAAAUUCAAAAGGCCCAAGUUCAAAAUGCCCAAGUUCGGGAUGCCUGGCUUCAAGGCGGAAGGUCCGGAGGUGGACGUGAACCUGCCGACAGGAGACCUGGAUGUUUCUGUUCCGAAGGUGGAUAUUGAAGGUCCAGAGCUGGACAUUGAAGGGCCAGAGGGGAAGCUGAAGGGCCCCAAGUUCAAGAUGCCCGAGAUGCACCUUAAGGCACCCAAGAUCUCGAUGCCCGACAUUGACUUGAACCUGAAAGGCCACAAAGUGAAGGGGGAUGUGGAGGUGUCUGUUCCCAAGCUGGAAGGUGGCUUGAAGGGCACCGGCAUUGACAUCAAAGGUCCCAAAGUCGACAUCGAGGCCCCCGACGUGGACAUUCACGGCCCAGAAGGAAAAUUCAAAAUGCCCAAGUUCAAAAUGCCCAAGUUCGGGAUGCCGGGGCUGAAAGGAGAAGGUCCGGAGGUGGACGUGAACCUGCCGACAGGAGACCUGGAUGUUUCUGUUCCGAAGGUGGACAUUGAAGGUCCGGAGCUGGACAUUGAAGUGCCAGAGGGGAAGCUGAAGGGCCCCAAGUUCAAGAUGCCCGAGAUGCACAUCAAGGCGCCCAAGAUCUCCGUGCCCGAUGUGGACAUUCAUCUGAAAGGGCCCAGCAUGAAAGGGGAUAUUGAAGUCUCAGCUCCCAAGCGCGAGGGUGACCUGAAGGGUCCCGAGGUGGACAUCAAGGGCCCCAAAGUCGACAUCGAGGCCCCCGACGUGGACAUUCACGGCCCAGAAGGAAAAUUCAAAAGGCCCAAGUUCAAAAUGCCCAAGUUCGGGAUGCCGGGGCUGAAAGGAGAAGGUCCGGAGGUGGACGUGAACCUGCCGACAGGAGACCUGGAUGUUUCUGUUCCGAAGGUGGACAUUGAAGGUCCGGAGCUGGACAUUGAAGGGCCAGAGGGGAAGCUGAAGGGCCCCAAGUUCAAGAUGCCCGAGAUGCACAUCAAGACACACAAGAUCCCGAUGCCCGACAUUGACUUGAACCUGAAAGGCCACAAAGUGAAGGGGGAUGUGGACGUGUCAGUUCCCAAGCUGGAAGGUGGCUUGAAGGGCACCGGCAUUGACAUCAAAGGUCCCAAAGUCGACAUCGAGGCCCCCGACGUGGACAUUCACGGCCCAGAAGGAAAAUUCAAAAUGCCCAAGUUCAAAAUGCCCAAGUUCGGGAUGCCUGGCUUCAAGGCGGAAGGUCCGGAGGUGGACGUGAACCUCCCAAAAGGGGAUAUUGAUGUUUCCGCCCCAAAGGUAGAUAUCGAGUUGCCAAGUGUGGACAUUGAGUGUCCUGAAGGAAAACUGAAAGGUCCCAAAUUUAAGAUGCCCGAGAUGCACCUUAAGGCACCCAAGAUCUCGAUGCCCGACAUUGACUUGAACCUGAAAGGCCCCAAAGUGAAGGGGGGUGCCGAUGUUUCUGUUCCAAAAUUAGAGGGCGACUUCAAAGGACCUGAUGUGAGUAUUAAAGCUCCAAAGUUGGAUGUUGAUGUUCCUGAUCUCGAUGUUGAAGGUCCUGAGGGAAAAUGGAAAGGACCCAAGAUAAAAAUGCCGGAUAUGCAUAUUAAGGCCCCUAAAUUUUCUAUGCCUGAUGUUGACCUCAACUUGAAAGGUCCCAAACUGAAGGGAGAAAUGGAUGUUUCUGUGCCGAAAAUAGAGGGUGAUGUGAAAGGGCCGGAUCUGGAACUCAAAGGGCCCAAAGUCGACAUCGAAGCUCCUGACGUAGACAUCGAGGGCCCAGAAGGGAAGGUAAAGGGUCCCAAAUUUAAGAUGCCCGACAUGCAAUUCAAAGCCACCAUGAGCUCCAUGCCGGACUGUGACCUGAACCUGAAAGGCCCCAAAGUGAAGGGGGAUGUGGACGUUUCCGUUCCGAAACUUGAGGGUGAUUUGAAAGGCCCGGGCGUUGACGUCAAAGGCCCUAAACUGGAUGUUAACGUUCCCGAUGUUGACCUAGAGUGUCCGGAAGCGAAAGUUAAAGGCCCCAAGUUCAAAAUGCCUGAAAUGCACUUCAAGACACCAAAAAUCUCCAUGCCCGACAUCGACUUGAACCUGAAAAGUCCUAAGCUGAAGGGAGACGUGGAUCUUUCAGCCCCCAAACUAGAGGGUGACUUGAAAGGCCCCGAGAUGGAUAUCAAAGGUCCUAAACUGGACAUAGAAGCUCCUGAUGUGGAUAUUGAGGUCCCAGAGGGGAAGUUGAGAGGCCCCAAAUUUAAGAUGCCUGAGAUGCAUUUUAAGGCUCCCAAGAUCUCCAUGCCGGACUUCGAUCUGAACUUGAAAGGUCCAAAAGGAAAGGGGGACGUCGAUGUUUCCGUUCCCAAGUUAGAAGGUGACCUGAAAGGGCCUGAGGUUACGGUAAAAGGUCCGAAAGUGGAUAUAGAAGCUCCGGAUGUUGAGCUAGAAUGUGUUUCCGUUCCCAAGUUAGAAGGUGACCUGAAAGGGCCUGAGGUUACGGUAAAAGGUCCGAAAGUGGAUAUAGAAGCUCCGGAUGUUGAGCUAGAAUGUCCAGAAGGGAAGGUAAAGGGUCCCAAAUUUAAGAUGCCCGACAUGCAUUUCAAAGCCCCCAAAAUCUCCAUGCCGGACUUUGACCUGAACCUGAAAGGCCCCAAAGUGAAGGGGGAUGUGGACGUUUCUCUUCCGAAACUUGAGGGUGAUUUGAAAGGCCCGGGCGUUGACGUCAAAGGCCCUAAACUGGACGUCGACCUUCCUGAUGUUGAGCUGGAAGGGCCAGAGGGGAAGCUAAAAAUGCCCAAGUUCAAAAUGCCCAAGUUCGGGAUGCCGGGGCUGAAAGGAGAAGGCCCGGAGGUGGACGUGAACCUGCCGACAGGAGACCUGGAUGUUUCUGUUCCGAAGGUGGAUAUUGAAGGUCCGGAGCUGGACAUUGAAGGGCCAGAGGGGAAGCUGAAGGGCCCCAAGUUCAAGAUGCCCGAGAUGCACAUCAAGGCGCCCAAGUUCUCCAUGCCCGACGUUGACUUCAAUCUCAAGGGCCCCAAGCUGAAGGGCGACGUGGACGUGUCUGUCCCUAAGCUGGAAGGUGACCUGAAGGGUCCCGAGGUGGACAUCAAGGGCCCCAAAGUCGACAUCGAGGCCCCCGACGUGGACAUUCACGGUCCGGAAGGUAAAAUAAAAAUACCCAAGUUCAAAAUGCCCAAGUUUGGGUUGUCCGGGUUGAAAGGAGAGGGCCCAGAAGUUGACGUAAAUCUACCUGAAGCCGAUGUUGCUCUUUCGGGUCCAAAGGUUGACGUUACCCUUCCUGACCUGGACGUUGAAGGCCCGGAAGGAAAACUUAAGGGCCCUAAAUUUAAGAAGCCCGACGUGCAAUUCAAUGUUCCUAAAAUCUCCAUGCCAGAGAUUGACUUAAAUUUGAAAGGCCCCAAACUGAAAGCUGACCUUGAUCCUUCUCUUCCCAAAAUAGAGGGUGAGCUGAAAAGCCCGAAGCUAGACAUCAAAGGGCCAGAAUUUGAGGUCGAGGGCCCGAAGCUUGAUCUAGAAGGAAAGGCUAAAAAAUCUCGGUUUAAACUUCCAAAAUUUGGCUUUUCUGGUCCUAAAGUGCAAAGCCCUGACGUGGAUGUGAAACUUAAAAAACCGGACGUUGAAAUAGCUGGUCCGAAAGUCGACGUUCACGCUCCAGACGUGGAUGUACAGGCAAAAUCAAAAGGGUCGAAAUUUAAAAUGCCUUUCCUGAGUAUUUCAUCACCCAAAGUUUCAAUGCCAGACGUGGAGCUAAAUCUGAAAGGGCAUAAACUAAAAGGAGAGUUAGAUGUUUCCAGCCCGAAGUUGGAAGGGGAACUGAAAGGUCCCGAGGUGGACAUCAAGGGCCCCAAAGUUGACAUUGAGGCCCCCGACGUGGACUUUCACGGGCCGGAGGGUAAACUCAAAAUGCCCAAGUUCAAAAUGCCCAAAUUCGGUGCGUCCGGGUUUAAGGCCGAGGGGCCAGAGGUGGACGUUAGCGUUCCGAAAGGAGAGCUGGAUGUUUCGGGUCCUAAGCUGGAUAGCGAAGGUGCUGGUUUCCAAAUUGAAGGGCCAGAGGGGAAGUUCAAGGGCCCCCAAUUUAAGAUGCCGGAAAUGAACGUCAAGGCACCCAAGAUCUCCGUGCCCGACGUUGACCUGAACCUGAAAGGCCCCAAAGCAAAGGCGGAUAUGGACAUGUCUCUGCCCCAGGUGGAUCUGAAGGGCUCGGAUUUGCACGUGAAAGGACCAAAAGUGGAGGUAGAGGUUCCUGACCUUGACCUUGAAGGUCCCAAAGGCAAAUUGAAAGGCCCCAAAUUUAAAAUGCCUGAAAUGAAUAUCAAGGCGCCCAAUAUUUCCAUGCCUGACUUUGAUUUGAAUUUGAAAGGUCCCAAGUCAAAAGGAGGUGCGGACGUUGAUCUUUCAGUGCCAAAACUGGAAGGGGACUUGAGUGGGCCGGACGUCAGCAUCAAAGGACCAAAGGUUGACAUGGAUGGUCCUGAGCUGGAUGUUGAAGGGCGAGAAGGAAAACUGAAAGGUCCCAAGUUUAAAAUGCCGGAGAUGCACAUAAAGGCUCCCAAAAUUUCGAUGCCUGAUGCCAGCUUAAACCUCAAAGGUCCCAAGCUGAAAGGAGACGUAGAAGGUUCUGCUCCGAAGCUAGAAGGGGAUUUUAAGGCUCCCGACAUCAAUAUUGGAGGCCCCAAGGUCGACAUUGACGUGCCAGAUGUGGACAUUCAGGGCCCAGAGGGUAAACUCAAAAUGCCCAAGUUCAAAAUGCCCAAGUUCGGGAUGCCUGCCGAGAUGCACAUCAAAGCACCCAAGAUCUCGAUGCCCGACAUUGACUUGAACCUGAAAGGCCACAGAGUGAAAGGGGAUGUGGAGGUGUCUGUUCCCAAGCUGGAAGGUGACCUGAAGGGUCCGGAACUGGAUAUAAAAGGACCCAAAGUCGACAUAGAUGUUCCCGAUGUGGAGAUUGAAGGACCAGAAGGAAAACUGAAAGGCCCCAAACUGAAGAUGCCCGAGAUGCAUUUUAAGGCUCCUAAAAUUUCUAUGCCGGACUUUGAUUUGAACCUGAAAGGCCCGAAAGUGAAAGGGGAUGUGGACGUGUCCGUGCCGUGUGUGGAAGGUGACCUGAAAGGGCCGAAAAUUGAUGUCAAAGGUCCUGAGUUGGACGUUAGUGCCCCCGAUGUUCAAAUCGAGGGCCCAGAAGGGAAGGUAAAGGGUCCCAAAUUUAAGAUGCCCGACAUGCAUUUCAAAGCCCCCAAAAUCUCCAUGCCGGACUUUGACCUGAACCUGAAAGGCCCCAAAGUGAAGGGGGAUGUGGACGUGGACGUGAACCUGCCGACAGGAGACCUGGAUGUUUCUGUUCCAAAGGUGGAUAUUGAAGGUCCGGAGCUGGACAUUGAAGUGCCAGAGGGGAAGCUAAAGGGCCCCAAGUUCAAGAUGCCCGAGAUGCACAUCAAGGCACCCAAGAUCUCGAUGCCCGACAUUGACUUGAACCUGAAAGGUCCGAAAGUGAAGGGGGAUGUGGAGGUUUCUGCACCUGACCUGGAAGGCCCUAAGGUUGAGAUCGAGGCCCCCGACGUGGACAUCAAAGGCCCUGAAGGGAAGCUGAAGGGCCCCAAGUUCAAGAUGCCGGACCUGCACCUCAAGGCUCCCAAAAUCUCCACGCCGGACUUUGAUCUGAACCUGAAAGGUCCCAAAGUAAAAGGAGACGUAGACGUGUCGGUGUCAGGACUCGAAUGUGAACUGAAAGGUCCAGAGGUCAAUGUCGGCGCUCCUAAAUUAGACGUGGGUGCCCCCGAUGUUGAUGUUGACGGCCCGGAGGGUAAAUUCAAGCUGCCUAAAUUCAAAAUGCCCAAGUUUUCCAUGCCUGGCUUUAAAGGGGAGGGAGUGGAUGUGGACGUGAACUUCCCAAAGGGAGACGUGGCCGUUUCGGGCCCCAGCAUAGAUGUAGAGGCUCCUGAUCUGACGGCGGAUGGCUCCAUGCCCGACGUUGACUUCAAUCUCAAGGGCCCCAAGCUGAAGGGCGACGUGGACGUGUCUGUCCCUAAGCUGGAAGGUGACCUGAAGGGUCCCGAGGUGGACAUCAAGGGCCCCAAAGUCGACAUCGAGGCCCCCGACAUGGACAUUCACGGCCCAGAAGGAAAAUUCAAAAUGCCCAAGUUCAAAAUGCCCGAAAUGCACAUUAAAGCCCCCAAGGUCUCCGUCCCCGAUGUCGACUUCAACAUCAAGGGGCCUCAACUGAAAGGAGGCGUAGAUGUUUCCGGACCCAGGCUUGAAGGCGAUUUGAAAGCCCCCCAAAUGGAUGUGCAAGCCCCCAAAAUAGAUGUUGAGGCUCCCGAUGUGACCAUCGAAGGGCCGGAAGGGAAACUCAAAGGCCCCAAGUUCAAGAUGCCAGAAAUGCACGUCAAGGCGCCCAAGUUCUCCAUGCCCGACGUCGACUUCAAUCUGAAAGGCCCCAGGCUGAAGGGUGACGUGGACGUCUCGGCGCCCAAGUUGGAAGGGGAUUUGCAGCGUCCGGGUGUUGACAUCGAAGGCCCCAAGUUGGACCUUCGGGCACCUGACGUGAACAUCGAAGGGCCGGAUGGAAAACUGAAAGGGCCCGGGAUCAAGAUGCCGGAAAUGCACGUCAAGACCCCCCAGAUCUCCAUGCCAGACAUAGACUUGAACCUGAAGGGGCUGAGGCUGAAAGGCGAUGCUGACCUUCAGGGCCCAAAGCUCGAGGGAGGUCUGAAGGGUCCUGAAAUUGAUAUCAAGGGCCCCAAAGUAGAUAUCGAGGGCCCGGAGGUUGAUGUCGAUGGUCUGGAGGGAAAAAUGAAGCUGCCUAAGAUGAAGCUGCCCAAGUUUGGCUUCAAAGGAGAAGGUCCCGACGUGGACGUGAACCUGCCAAAGACGGAGGUCGAUCUUUCGGGCCCCAAGGUAGAUAUCAGCGUCCCGGACGUGAGCGUCGAAGGUCCAGAGGGCAAACUGAAAGGUCCUAAAGUGAAGAUGCCAGAAAUGCACGUGAACGUUCCGAAAAUCUCAAUGCCUGAGAUCGACUUGAAUUUGAAAGGCCACAAAACGAAGGGAGGCUUUGACGUUUCAACCCCAAAGAUAGAAGGUAACCUGAAAGGUCCCGAAGUUGAUAUCAAGGGCCCAGAAUUUGGAGUCCAAUGCCCUGAAGUUGACGUCGAAUGUCCUGACCUGAACGUUGAAGGCCCGGAGGCAAAUGUCAAACUUCCCAAGUUUAAGAAGUCAAAGUUCGGGUUCGGGAUGAAGAGCCCGAAGGCGGAAAUCAAGGUCCCGGGGGCAGAAGUGGAUUUACCUGAGGCGGAGCUGAAUGCCGAGUCGCCCGACGUCAACGUUGCUGGAAAGGGUAAGAAGAGCAAGUUCAAGAUGCCAAAACUUCAUAUGAGCGGCCCUAAAGUGAAAGGAAAGAAAGGUGGGUUCGACGUGAACGUGGCCGGUGGAGAGCUCGAUGCGAAUUUGAAAUCUCCCGACCUGGAUGUGAACGUAGCUGGUCCGGACGUGACGAUAAAAGGUGACGCGACGGUGAAGUCCCCCAAAGGGAAGAAACCCAUGUUUGGGAAAAUCUCCUUCCCGGAUGUCGAAUUUGACCUUAAAUCGCACAGAUUCAGAGGGGAUGCUUCUUUGGCAGGCCCCAAAAUAGAGGGGGAACUUAAAGCGCCUGAUCUAGAAGUCUCUGUGCCAACUGCCAAAGGUGAUGUAAAAGGCCCGAGUCUCAACGUGGACCUUGACGCUUCUGACGUGAGCCUGAAGAAACCGAAGUUCAAACUUCCCGGUGGGCAGGUGGGCGUAGGGGACUUGAAAAUGGAGGGCGACCUGAAAGGACCCGCCCUUGACGUCGCCGUUCCCUCGAUCCCGGUGCCAGAUGUCGACUUAAACGUGAAAGGACCAAAAGCGAGAGGUGAAGUCGGCGUUCCUGGAGCAGAACUGGAAGGUCCCGAAGGGAAGCUGAAACUGCCCACGGUGGGGAAAAUGGGUCUGGGUCUGGAAAUGCCGGAUGCAAACUGGGAUGUCUCGGUCCCAGCCGUGGAAGGAAGCGUGAGCCUCCCUUCGGCUGACGUGAACCUCCGAGGUGUUGAUGUCAAGCUCAAAGGGCCCCAAAUCUCUGGACCCGAUUUUGAGGGAAACCUGAAAGGACCAAAAAUAAAGGGAGAUCUGGAUCUUUCGGGCUCUGUGGAAGGGCCAAAUGUCAGCCUGGACGCGCCAGGCGUUGACGUUGGCGGCCUGGGAGGAAAGCUGAAGCUGCCAAAGUUUAAAUCCCCCGCUAUGGAGGCACCUGAUCUGAGCGUAAGAGGAGGUGUCGACUGCUCCGUCCCGCAAACGGAGGCGGAUGCGAAAGCCCCGGGCGCAAAUCUCAACCUCGGCAUCCCGGGCGUCGAUAUCAAAGGGCCCUCGGUUGACGUUUCUGCCCCGGAUUCGGAUGUAAACCUGAAAGGACCAAAGUUGAAAGGAGAUCUUGACGUUUCUGCCGGCGUUAAAUGCCCCAAAGCAUCAGUGGACGCGUCCGACGUCGGCUUCGAAAUUCUGGGUGGCACGAUCAAGCUCCCGUCCCUCAAGCUUCCCCAGUUUGGUAUUUCCGGGCCUGGCGUGGACGGGGCCGAUGUAGGCGUCAGUCUUGAGGGUCCCCAGGCGAAAGGAGGCCUGAAGGGCUCGGGGGCUGGUGUUGGGUUGGGAGGACCCGACGUGGAAUUGAAAGGCCCUAAAUUUCAAAUGCAGUCACCCGGCAUUUCCUUGCCGGACGUUGACCUGAAGCUGAAAGGACCAAACCUCCGGGGCGACGUAGACGUCGCCGGUGAAACCAAAGGUCCAAAAGUCAGCGUGGAAGCGCCUCGUGUCGACGUUAAGGAGCUUGGAGCGGGCGUCCACCUUGACGCUCCUGCCUCGGACGCAGCCGCACCGAAAGGUUCCGGGUCGGGUUUUAACGUCAAUGUAAAAGGGCCGAAGAUCAAAGGUGGCGAGGCAGCGGGGGGGGGGGGGGCGCGGGCGGCGCCCGCCGGCGGAGGAGCUUUUCACGUUACCGGCCCGAAGGGAGGAAUUGGAGGUCCCAGCAGCGCCGCGAGCGUCCUGCAAGGCAGCCCAGAGAGCGGCCUGGGGAAAGUAUCGUUCCCCAAGCUGCGAAUGCCGAAAUUCAUGUUUUCCGACCCCGAGGUGAAGGGCAGAGAGAUGGGGGUCGACGUCGACUUCCCCGGGGCGGAUGCCAACCUCCAGGCUGGCGCCCCAGAGCUCGAGCCGGAGGACGCGGACGUCAGACUAAAGAAAUCCAAAAUCAAAAUGCCCAAGUUCAAUUUUUCCAAGCAGAAGGGGAAGAGCAGCGGUGCCCUGGGCUCCCCGGAAGUUUCCGGCUCCGUUUCGGGAUCGAAAGGUGACCUGAAGAGCUCCAAGGUCAGCUUGGGCUCCGCCGAAGGCGAGCUGGAAGGGGGAGAGGGGCCGUCGGCCAAAGGGAAGUUCUCCCUCUUUAAAAGCAAGAAGACGCGGCCCUGGGCUCCCCGGAAGUUUCCGGCUCCGUUUCGGGAUCGAAAGGUGACCUGA